UAACCAAUCAGGCCGGUCUCGGAUGGAGCUGGCGAGGCUGCGCCUGGUUUAUAAGAGCAGAGAGAAGGGAGGACAGAGCACAGACUUCAGGCAACUCAACAACACAGGUACGAGCCAUAAUAACCAGAGAAGACUAGCAGACACCAGCACCCCUUUUCUCACCAGAAUGGCUAAAGGGGACCCCAGGAAGCCCAAGGGCAAGAUGUCCGCUUAUGCCUACUUUGUGCAGACAUGCCGUGAGGAGCACAAGCUGAAGAGUCCCGAGAUUCCAGUCAACUUUGCGGAAUUCUCCAAAAAAUGCUCAGUGCGAUGGAAGGCAAUGUCAGGAAAAGAGAAAUCCAGGUUUGAGGACAUGGCUAAGCAGGAUAAAGUGCGGUAUGAUCAGGAGAUGAUGCACUACACUGGCAAGAGAGGCAAAAAGAAGGACCCCAAUGCACCAAAGAGACCACCGUCUGGCUUCUUCAUCUUCUGCUCAGAGCAUCGUCCCAAAAUCAAAGCCCAGUAUCCUCAUCUGGGUAUUGGAGAGGUGGCCAAGAAACUUGGGGAGAUGUGGAACAACCUUACAGAUGCCCACAAACAGCCUUAUGUGAUGAAAUCCAACAAAUUAAAGGACAAGUACCAGCAGGACAUUGCUGAUUACAAGUCAAAGGGCAAGGUUGGUGGCAUGGGCAUGAGCAUGGGAAUGAAUAUGGGCACAGGUAUGGGCAUGGGCAUGAUGGGAAUGGCCCCUAAACCCAUGAUGAAGAGCAGCAUGGACGACGAAGAUGACGAGGAGGAUGAGGAUGAGGAAGACGAUGACGAGGAAGAUGAUGAGGAUGAAGAUGACGAAUAGACUGUUUUUUUUUUUAGUGUCUAAGCUAGAAUUUAUUAUUAUUAUUAUUAUUAUUGCUAUCAUUGUUAUUAUUGAAUUUUCUGUCUGGACAAAGUGCAGUAGGAAUACACUGUUGGUCUUUGGUGCAUCACUUAUUAUUUUUCGAUGAUCAUGAAACGAUUUGUGAUGUUUGUGAGGAAAGGACGGUUACUGUGAGUGAGAACAGAAGCAGCUUCCUACCUCCAGGUUAGCGUGUGUGUGUAUCGUCAUGACAACCCAGUGUCUUCCUGACUACCAUUUGCUUCCAUUCAUUGCCUAUAUCAGAUCAUUUACACAAGUGGCAGCACUGCCACAUAUAAACGCGUUAUGAUUUUGUUUGUCUUUCUUUUUUAAUGGGUUGUCUAAACUUGUAUGUAACUCAGUAUAUUAUUGACUAGAGUUUGAUUCUUGCUACUCUGCUCAGUGUUGUGUGUAUCAAGGUGACAUUGGAGCCUCCACGCUGCACCUGUAUUAGGGCAAGUGAUGCGGAUUUCAGUCCCCGUUAGAAAUUUCUCUUGUGUACUGAUCUGGGACCUCCAGUCCUAAACUUAAUCAUAAAAGAGAAACUGUGAAACGGUUCUCAGUUCAGUACAAAAGGACGAUUUCUGCCAGCACACUGUUGCUGUGGUGCAUGCUGGGAAAUAUUUGGUAUGUAGUCUAAGUAGUUUAACACGCUACACAGAACAGUAACUCAUCCCCAAAAUCCUCUUGGGCUAUGAGCACAGGAGAUGGCGACAGCUAUGUGGAAGAUUUUCUUUAGCAUGUUUUAAGCUAAGUGCAUUUUUAAUAUUAACUGUUGUGUGAGCCUCACGUUCCGCCUGAACGGAAGGUGAGGGGAAAGUGCAACUGUUGACGAUAAAUCUGUACUUAUCUGUAUCUAAGAUUUUCUUUUUUAUAUGUUUAGGAUGCUACAUUUGAAAUUAAACGGAUUAAAUUUUUA